UGAGAAUAUCUGAGUCUGCGACAGCAGUGCUUCAAGGCGCGUGUACCAUGAUUACGGUACCCGUCGUCAAGACGGGGGAGAUGAAGGCAUUUUCACAUCUGGGAACUGAGGAUUUCUGACUGCAGACACGAUGCUGUUCCUCGAGUCGGAGAACAAGAUUAUUAAGGAGGUGCUGGAGGGACGUCUGGGGGAGAAAGCGCCUCGCCCCGUGCAGCCUUUGGAGAUCCGUCUGUGCGACUUUGACGACGUGCAGUAUGACAUGUCGAUCGUGGACAACCUCCUGACGGUCUCAAUGGCCUACCCUCCGUACAAGUCGCUGGAAGGGUGCGUGCGCUGCAAUUGAGAAGGAGAAAGGGACGCAAUGCAAUUCUAAUUUGUGUGGUUUGGCAGAUUGGGUGCCAAACAAAUGUUCGCCGCGAGAUACCCGGAAUUUCAGCUUGUCGCCCCGAAGGCAGGUUUUGACUUUUCACUGCAGGUGAACGUGGACGUGAUCACUCCCGCCAAUGCUGCGUCCUUCAUUGAGCGUAUCUCGAUCCUGAAGCGCAACAUUAUGGGUUCUCCAUUUGAGCAGUGCUUUGAGGCGCUUCAGAACGGCAAUGCGAGCACGCUUGGCCCAGUGCAGAUCCCGUACCGUCGUAACGAGACGAUUUACGUUCUUCCUCAAGCAGACCGUAUCGUCAUUGUGUACUCGGUCUGCUUCGAGGACAAGACCGACCAGGCUAUCGCUCGUGUCUUCUUGCAGGAAUUUGUUGACACCCGGCGCACGGUGAACAACGCCCCGCCUGUUGCUUUUGGCAAGGACCCACCGCUUGAGCUGCGUGGUGCUCCAGGUCUCCGUCACUCGCCUGACUUGGUGGGCUACCUUAGCCUUGCUAUCUUCCCUACCCACGUGGACACAACUGAAAAGCGCGUCAAAGCAGCGACCCUCGUUCAAGGUCUGCGCAACUACCUCCACUAUCACAUCAAGGCCUCCAAGACGUACCUGCACAUCCGCAUGCGGAAGCGUGUGGACCUGCUGCUGCAAGUGUUGAACCGUGCACGUCCCGAAAAGGACCAGUCCAAGACCCAGAAGAAGACCAUCACCGGACGAACUUUCGCACGCGCUUAGACUAUGGAUGAAGAUGGUUGCAGGAUCACAAGGAGACAAAACCAUCUUUUUGUCGCAGCGAUGCAUCUAGCAUUUGCCAAGAGAGAGUCGACAAUAUACAACAUACCGUCUCCAGCAAUCGUCAGGAUACUUCAACUUGGACCGAGUUUUAUUUUCGGUGAUCGAAAAGCAAAUCAAUUUUCGGCGGUUAUAGCCUUUCAUUUUUGAUUCUCAACCUCAUACUAGUAGU